AUGGAGAGAUACAACUGGACAGCAAUCAUCAGAAAGAACAUAUUCGUCUUAGGACUCGUUGGACUGUGGCCCAAAGGAACCCAAAAGUACGGUUUUAACUUAUACACAACACACGCUUUAGUCACUAUAACCCUCUUCGGAUUCACCCAAUCACUUUUCCAAACCAUCCUUCUCCUAACGAACCUGAACGACGUAGAAAUCGUCACAGGAAUAGCAUUUUUAUCAAUAUCGGAAAUGCUAGUGGUCCUGAAGAUGUUUUAUCUAGCCCGAAAUGUUCAAAUCUUCAAACGACUUUUAAUCACCCUCGACGACGACUUAUUCCAGCCGAAAAAUAAGGAACAAGUAGAUUUAACUUCACCGAGCUUCAAACUUUGGAACCUUAUGUACAAAAUGUUGUGGUGCUCCAUCAACGUCGCUAUUGUUUUUUGGUCACUGGUCCCGUUCAUAGACAAAUCGAUCAAGGAUCACAAUUUACCGUUUUUGUCUUGGUAUCCAUACAACGCGAAAACUUCGCCAUUUUUUGAAAUUUCGUACGUUCACCAGACUCUCAGUAUUUGUUUUAUAACGAGUGUCAACGUGAAUUUGGAUACUUUGAUUGCUGCUUUUAUGAUGUACACGGGAGCGCAGCUUGACAUUUUGAGCGAUAAUUUGAGGAAUCUUGAAGGUGAGAAUUUCGAAGAGGAACUAGUGAGGUGUGUUAAUCAUCAUCGAGAAAUUAUAAAGUUUACGAGAAGCUUUAACGACGCUUUCAACUGGACAAUCUUCGCGCAAUUUUUUGCAAGCGCGAUUUCUAUCGGAUUUAGUAUGUUUUUAAUGUCGACUACGUCUCCACUAAACAAGGAGUUUUAUUCAAUUUUGUUUUACGGGACUUCGGCGUUUUUAGAAAUACUUAUCUACUGUUGGUUUGGCAACGAAGUGCAGAUGAAGAACACAAACGUUCCGAUUAAGAUGUAUGAAUGCAACUGGGUCGAAGCUUCAAGAAAAAAUGCCAAAGAGUUGCUCUUUUUCAUGAUGGUGGCGCAAAGACCUUUAACAGUAUCAGCUCUAAACUUGUUCGAAUUAUCGCUGGAAAAUUUUCUCAAGAUAUUAAAAAGCGCCUGGUCUUAUUUUGCUCUGGUGAGCCAGUUAAUCGAAUAA